AUGGUUGAAUACAUCAAUAAUUGCAUUUCAUAUCGAAGCAAAAAAUCAGAUAAAAAACGUGGUGGCCGGCAAUUUCACGUAAGUUCUGACCGAAGAAAACGUUUAAAAACAGAACAGUUAAGGAAUAAUACAUUUGUAACUAUAUUGAGUUACGCCACCGAAAUCGGCUUAAGAGGAUCGCAUGCUUUUAAAGUGCUACAUGAGAUUACAAACACAAGUCCAAAGCAUGUUAGUAAAUACAGGGCAGCUUAUAAAAAGUCACCAAGACAAGCAACGUAUGUCAGGGGAAACGCUAUAGCUGUCUUAGUGGAUACAAAACUAUCUCGGCAUCAAUAUCCAAUUAUCAGGAGUACACCAGAGAAAUUUCCCUCAUAUAAGAUUGUGCAGGCCGCAAAGAAAGAGUGUUAUCCCAGGCUAGAAAACAUAAAAAUAACCUCUACUUGCGCAGAAGUUAGUUUACAAUCUUUACUUAACCACACUCUGGAGCGAUUUCUCUCAAUAGUGGAACCUGUGAAGUCGUCACUCAAGACAGACUAA